AUGAAUUUUCCAGUUACUUUUAAGUUACUUUUAUAUUCUGCAGUAAUUUGCCUGGCAGUGGAUCAAGCGUAUUUAGACGACAUAGCGUCCUGUCUGGAUAUCCAAUUCGACGUUCUCUCCAAUCAGGAAGGAGCAUGUCACAUUCGCCUGACAUUUACCAAUAAAGGCCGGCAUAACAUCACUUCUGGAAAUUGGGCAAUAUACUUUAGCUGUCUUAGAAUACUGAGCAACAGAGCAGAUCCUCUUGUAAUGAGCCGAAAGGAGAUUUCUGUCUCACACGUCAAUGGGUAUCUGCAAGUGAUAAAACCUACUAAAACCUUUUUGGACUUGGUUCCUAGUGGGAAAACUAAGCUCGAUCUCACCGCAUAUGGUUCAAUAGUUGCCAAGACAGACGUCAUGCCCAACUGGUACAUUACUGCGCCUGGUUUAAAGCCAAGAAUUAUUAAAAGCACAAAGGGAGAAAGUUUAAAAUUUGUUGGUAGUUUUGAUUCAGCUUUGAAAUGGAAACGUUCGGAACUGGACAACUUUAAUCCCUUCACUCCAGAGAAACGCUUUGAUAUGAACAACGUAGUUGAUCUGAAAGGGCCCGAGAAGCUUAAGAUGCAACUCAGCGAUGGUGGGGCACCAUCACGUAAAUUCAUUGAGCUCAGGAUUGGCAAGGUAACGAUUGAUACAAAAUAUGAAAAAAGAGACAGUGAUGAAUCUUACACCAUGAAGGUUGACCCACGCAAAGAAGUAGUCUCAAUCGUUGGUGCAUCUCCUGCGGGAGUGUUCUGGGCGAUUCAGUCGCUCCUGAGUAUCAUCAGGAACGGAAAGAUACCCUGGGUUACGGUUAAAGAUGCUCCAAGAUAUGAGUAUCGAGGCUUGAGCAUAGAUGUUGCUCGAAAUUUUCUUCCUACGAAAGAGGUGAAGCGGAUUCUCGAUGGAAUGGCAAUGUUCAAACUGAACAAGCUUCAUCUUCACCUGACCGAUGACGAAGGGUGGCGUCUGGAGAUUCCUGGAUUACCUGAACUUACAGAAGUUGCGUCACAAAGAUGUCAUGAUCUGAAAGAAACUCACUGCCUUAAACCUCAGUUAGGAUCAGGUCCCUUCAGGAACACUUCUGGUAGUGGUUACUACAGCGUAGAGGAUUACAAAGGGAUCUUAAAAUAUGCUAAUGCUCGACAUAUUCAAAUCAUUCCCGAAUUUGACCUUCCUGGUCAUUCCACUGCCGCUAUCACUGCUAUGGAAGCUCGAUACAAGAAAUAUCUAAAUGAAGGCAAAUUUAAAGAAGGGUUGAGGUUUUACUUGAAUGAUCUGAAGGAUAGAUCAAGUUAUCAAUCAGGGCAGUUCUUUUUCAACAAUGCUGUAAAUCCAUGUAUAGCGGCAACAUAUGAUUUCGUGGAAAAGUUGGUUCUUGAGGUCAAGGCCAUGCAUGAAGGGGUUCAGCCACUCAAAGUUAUCCAUCUUGGAGGAGACGAGGUUCCCGUGGGAGCAUGGAAUCUGUCUACUGCCUGCCAAAGGCUGUCAGAGAAGUUUAAGUCGAGGUCUACCCAUCUGGAUUGGAGAGCCUUUUUCACCAAACGGGUCGCUCGAAUCGCUAAAAAAUACGGUGUCAAACUAAUGCUGUGGGACGAUGGAUGGGUAGAUCGUUCAAAAUCCCAUAUAGUGAAAACGAAAUUAGAAAGUGGCUCAAGUUAUGGCCAUGCCUGGGGAGACACUGUUAAUCUUGGUUACAGAUUAGCCAAUGAAGGGUACAAGGUGGUAAUGUCUCCAGCGUCUCACCUUUAUUUUGAUCACGCACACGAACCGGACCCGGAAGAGAGAGGAUUGUAUUGGGCCACACGGUACACAAACACUCGCAAGGCAUUCGGAUUUAUGCCUGAACAUUUGUAUGACAGUUUUGAAAUAGACGACAGAGGAGAACCAAGUGGCGAUUACUGUAGCAUAUUUGGAGGUUGUGUAAAGCCACAAAAACUUGAGAACAUUAUCGGAUUAGCUGGGGUCAUCUGGUCAGAGACAAUACGGACUCCCUCUCAGUUUCAAUCCAUGACGUUUCCAAGACUUCUCGCUGUCGCCGAAAGGGCGUGGCACCAAGAUCUGUGGGAAAAUGAAAGAAAUAAAAUGAAACGGAACAAAAUGAAGAAUAAAAGCUGGGCUAUGUUUGCGAACACUCUUGGCUAUAAAGAACUUGCUCGUUUGGACAAGCUGGGUAUUGCUUAUCACAUUCCUCCUCCGGGGGCCAGGAUCGACAAUGGUGUUCUCUCUACCAAUGUGGCUUUUCCCGGACUCUCUGUUGAAUGUAGCAUUGACUGCGGGAGACGUUGGUUUAACCCUUCCAAGCAAUCUGUUAUAAGUGGUACACUGCUUCUCCGAACCAGAUCUGCUGACGGGAAACGAACGAGCAGAACUGUAAAGACUAAAUUAUCUAGAACUUAUUCCCAAAGCCAACUACGAAAACCAGACAAAGAUGAAGGACUCAAGCAAAAAUUCUUGAAGGAAUCGAGAGCUUCAUAAAUAUUUUAAGGACACAUUUCGGUUUUUGCAAUUAGCACACUUCCUUUUUAAUCAGGGCUCCUAAGCGUGUGUAAUAUAACAUCGCGAAUAAUGUUUGGGUUUGUAUCAGCAAUAAAAUUUAAAGUAGGUAAUGAAUGACUGAAAAUUCGAGACUUCUCUUUGAAAACUCUAGACGAAGGAAAAAAAUUAGUCAUAACAACUUCAUAAUAUUGUUCCAGGUGUCGAUUCAUCACAUUAAUGCAAGGAGCUAUUUAUGACAGGGAAGUAUAUUGAAGCAAAGUAACGAUACUCUCUUUAAUGUUUCCUUUUGGACCUUUCUUUGAUAUAUAAGCCUUAGAACUGAUCGCAAUGUUUCAAACCACAGCGACCAUACACUGACUUUCUAGAUUCAUGGCUGAAACUCUAUGCUACUCUAGUUACAAUCACUCACAAAAUUGCUGACAGAGUACCAUUGAAAUCUCAAUAUUCUGGCAUAGCAAACCAGUACUAUCUAUAAUACCCUUAG